CCGCCCGGCUUCGGGGUCGGGCUGGGACAGAGCGCGCGGGAGCCGGAAGGUCCUCGCCGGGACACGGCCCCGCCGCGACCCCGCGGCCCUGAAGGACCCGCCCCGACGCCGACCCCACGCCCGCCCGGGGACAGCGCUCACGGGAGGCGACCGCAGACUACCCACCCAGAAGAAGGCCGUCCAUGUCAAAGAUGAGAUGAGCCCAAAGACCUUGGUCUGUCUCUGCUGAGAGCCACACAGUCGCUGCCCCUGCACAUGGUGAUCACAGCCACUUAAGAUCUUCCCGAGGACAACCGCUCACGCUUGUCUGACAGCAUUAGUACCGAAGAUGAGAGUCCUUCCCCUCCUGCUGCUAUUCCUGUGGGAAGCCCAGAGCCACUCGGCACCACCGCGGCCCAACAUCGUCCUGGUGAUGGCUGACGACCUCGGCAUCGGGGAUCCGGGAUGCUACGGGAACAGGACGCUCAGGACUCCCAAUAUUGACCGGUUGGCCAAGGAAGGAGCGAAACUCACUCAGCACCUGGCAGCAUCGCCCCUGUGCACACCGAGCAGGGCGGCCUUCAUGACCGGCCGGUACCCCGUGCGAUCAGGAAUGGCGUCUUGGUACCGUGCUGGAGUCUUCGUCUUCACAGCCGCUUCGGGAGGACUUCCCCCCAGUGAGAUUACCUUUGCCAGGCUUCUGAAGAAUCAAGGCUACUCAACAGCGCUGAUAGGGAAGUGGCACCUCGGGAUGAACUGUUACAACAAGACCGAUUUUUGUCACCACCCAUUACAUCACGGCUUUGAUUACUUCUACGGGCUGACAAUGACCAACCUGAGAGACUGCAAGCCUGGGGAGGGCACCGUCUUCACCAUGGCCUUCAAGAAGCUGGUCUUCAUACCCCUGCAGAUCCUGGGGAUCACCGUCCUCACCCUCGCCGUGCUCAACUGCCUGGGGCUGCUCCGUGUGCCUCACACGGUCUUCUUCUGCCUUCUCGUCCUGGCGGGCAUCAUCCUGGUGGUCUUCCUGUGCUUCCUGCACUACUUCCGGCCCCUGAACUGCUUCCUGAUGAGGAACUACGAGAUCACCCAGCAGCCCAUGUCCUAUGACAAUCUCACCCAGAGGCUGACAUCGGAAGCAGUCCACUUCAUUCGGAGGAGCACUGAGCGGCCAUUCAUGCUUUUCCUGUCCUAUCUCCACGUGCACACGGCCCACUUCUCCAACCGCGACUUUGCAGGCAAAAGCCGGCACGGCAAAUACGGGGACGCCGCCGAGGAGAUGGACUGGAGCGUGGGGCAGAUCUUGAAUGUUCUAGAGGAGCUGAGAUUGGCGGACAAUACCCUUGUCUACUUCACAUCAGACCACGGAGCCCACGUAGAAGAAGUGAACAUCAAAGGAGAAGUCCACGGUGGAAGUAACGGGAUCUAUAAAGGAGGAAAAGCCAACAAUUGGGAAGGAGGCAUUCGGGUUCCAGGCGUCCUCCGAUGGCCCGGCGUGAUACGGGCUGGUCAAGUGAUCCACGCGCCAACUAGCAACAUGGACAUCUUUCCCACAGUGGCCAAACUGGCCGGAUCGCCGCUGCCUGAGGACAGGAUCAUCGACGGCCGUGAUCUGAUGCCCCUGCUCCAAGGCAAAAGCCAGCGCUCCGACCACGAGUUCCUCUUCCACUACUGCAACGCCUACUUAAACGCCGUGCGCUGGCACCCUCCCAACAGCACGGCCAUCUGGAAAGCCUUUUUCUUCACCCCCAAGUUCACGCCCGAGGGUGCCAACGGGUGCUUCUCCACGCACGUGUGCUUCUGUUUCGGGAAAUUCGUGACGCAUCACGACCCGCCUCUGCUCUUCGACAUUUCCAAAGACCCAAGGGAGAGAAACCCACUGACCCCCGCCACCGAGCCCCGGUUCCAUGAGAUCCUCAAGGUCAUGCAGGCAGCUGCGGACGAGCACACCCGGAGCCUGCCAGAGGUCCCCAACCAGUUGUCACUGGGGAACCAACUGUGGAAGCCCUGGCUGCAGCUCUGCUGUCACUCCUCAGGCCUGUCUUGCCAGUGCGACAGAGAGAAAUACGACGCGCGGGUGAGCCGCUAGCAGUGUCUGUGCGCCAGGCGCGCGCGCGUGCGCGUGCACAGGCGCGCCCUCUGCCUGCGGACCCCGUCUGCGAGCGCGCUGGGCGCAGCGAACCCCGUCCGGGUCUUGGGUUUGGACCGAUUCUCUGUUUUAUCACCUGAAGGCUUGAACAGGAGCUCUGCAGUUACUCCACUAGGGGGUUGGGGUGAGGACUAAGUUCUGCCAUGUGUGGACAGGAAGAUGCUGGACUUGUGCCUUCCCUGGCCAGAGUCCCUGGUCACCUGGCAGAGGGAUAGAAGGGCGCGCACUAGAGUACCUCCAACACCAGUGCAGACAGGUAACAGGAAGGUGCACAAGGGAACCUUAGUUCACCCCUCGGCAUACACGUAUGUUCAACAGUAUAAGGUAUCAUUCGCUCAGUGAUCUGAAGUUUUGCAGUAACCACCAAGACUCCCCAGCAGCAUGAUAUAAAAGAUAGCCAAGUUUAAGCUAAGUUCAGCAAAUCUUAACAUGUGCAACUUUGUAGUGAAGGGAGGGCCAUCUUCUUUAUCAACAAUAGGUCGUGGUAAGUUCUGAUUCGGUUAUUGGAAGGCUAGUCAUCAUUAUUGGUGUUAGUUAGAACACAUAGUAAAUGCUAUUUACCGUUUAUAUAGAUGUACACAUAUAUACUUUUAUUUAUAUAUGUAUAUAUACGCACAUAUGUGCACAUAUACACACAUAACACAGUUUUUCUUCAAGAAGGUUAAGAUAUUUAAAAUGGGGACAUAGAGGCUUAUCAGUAUUUAAGUAAAAAAAAAAAGUAGAGGCUCACAAAUAGAUUUUUUGUUUGCACAGUAAUUUUUUGUGAUACCCGUCAUUAACAAUAAUCCCAAGACAAAUCUCUCCCAGACUGAUUACCCUAACUUAUACUAUUAUAAUUGGGUUCCACUGUUUUUUUGGUGAAUGGAAGUUCUGAAUGAAAAGGCCACUUCGGGAUGCCACUGUUGUGGAACUCUCUCCCAGUAUAAUUGAGAAUCCCUGGCUUGGAAUGUCUGGGAUAUUUCAGGAGGAACAAAAGCCCCCACAAGCAGUCCGUGAUCUGUACACACAAGCACGAUCAUCUUCACUUGUAGGCACAAGUUAGUGGCAGCAGCACAGUAGUGAGGGUAAAUUCUUUGGUUUUACAUAGUUUUAUCCUGUGGCUGAGAAAUAUCUGUCCCUUCCAUCCACAACAGGAUGCACAGUUUUGUUGUUUUUUUUUUCAUUCCAUUUCCCGAAAACCCCAGUCGAUGAGGGAAAAUACAUAACCGGUUGCACGGGGAAGUGGCUGAUUGUGACAUAGCUGGGGGUGGUGCCAGAGUCUGAACCGCCAGCCCAUCCUGAGCACAGACCCCUCCACUUGUGGCAUGUGAGGUGCAGUCCCUUCUUCAGCCAGGAGACAUUCUCCAACAAUAGGAUUGGAACUCCUCUAUGGAUAAAUCGGCAGACAAUACACCCACCUGCUUACCGAUUUACCCCUUUUGUGGCCUUUUCCGCAAAAGCACCUCCUAUUUAGUCAGCAUCUGCUCAGUCCCAAGACAGUGCAGGGGAACGAAACGCCUGGCCCCCGUGCAGUGGCUUGGACAGGAGGUAGCUGAGUCCUGGGCUUUCUGAAAGUUGGCUCGCAUUUCCUCUCUGCUACCCUCCGCCGCAGGGAACGUCCAGGAUUCAACAGUGUCUACCCGGCUCCUCUUAAAGUUCUAUUUCGGUCUGUAAUUUUUGCUUUUUCUUUCCUGGAAAACAAACAACAACAAAACAGAAGUGACUCCCCACCCCCACCCGGAACAGUUGAAAGCUGGAAAGCCAACAGGAGUCUUCAUUUAACAUGGAUUUCUCAUCCCAGAAAUUGAGGAAAAUCUGUCUUCUUGUUUUAGAAAACAUUCUUGUUAAAGAGUGCGCUCGUGUAUUGAUGAUGUUAGGAUUGUUGCUGAUAGUAUCAUGCAAAAACUAGUUAAAGCCACUAUUAUGAAUUUGUGAUUAAAGGUGACAAUGUUUACGCAAAAGAUUAGCACAUUCAAUGCAAGUGAACUUUAAGAAAAUACUUGAUGAUGUGGGAAUGUAUGUUGGAAAUUAAAUAACUUGAAGAGCUUUUAUAGAUUAUGUGAACACCUAUUUGUGGAGAAUUAGCUGUUUAAUCUGUAAACUGUUAAUAGCAAAUGAAGGAUGAAGUUUACCUCUGGAUGCAAAUGUAUUGAGCUUAAAACUGCCUCAAAAUGACUGAGAUCACCACUGUGUUUCAGGGCAUUUGAAAAUCAGGUUUAUUUCUAAUAGCCACAGUUACUUUAGACUUCAAACCAUUUACCAUCUGAAACUUUUGCUUUGAAUGUGUAACAGGAAAUUUGCAUUCUUUUGUCCAGGAGAAACCCAACAAUUGUUCUUCAAGGCAUAGCCAUUGGUUGCUUGGUUGGUGUUUCGCAAAGCUGUAAGGCACGGCUACUUGUUUUCAAAGCAUCUAUUGGCUACUUGUUUUCAAAGCAUCUAUCGAUAGUACCUCUGGAGUCUAUGUCAAGACCUUAGUGGGUUUUGAAGCUUUAAAUAAUUUUUGUUUUUAAUUUUAUAUUCUUAGCAUUACAUAGAUGUUAAAAGUAAAGCAGUUUAGUAAUGUAUACAGAGGCAUCAUUUUAUAAAUUGGGCAGGAAUUUCAGGAAGAGCAAAAUUACAACCCACGUAUCUGUAGGACUCAAAAUCCAAGAAAGAAAGCUGACUUUUCAGAUUUCCCCGAAGGGCAUACAGUGAAAAGUGGAGGAAAACAAAACAAAACAGAACAAAACAGACGUGUCUGUCACAUCUCUGGAAAAUGCUAUCUUCAAAAUGAUCACAUCAAGUAAAAAGUUCCUUAGAAUGUGCUAAUGCAAAGUUAAAAUAAAAUUUUUCUUGGCAAUUAAAAA